AAUAAUAGCAAAUAUUUGGCAUUUAUUGUGAAAAUUCAAUUCAAUAAUAGUUUAUGUAAACCAAAAAUGAAUGAUACAAUUAUGCUGUGUUUGGUAUGCGGUGACAAGGCCCAGGGCAAAAAUUUUAAUAUCAUUUCGUGUCAGUCGUGUAAACAGUUUUUUCGUAGGCAUGCCUUCAAACCGACUGACAGCACCUGUAUGUUUGACCAUACCUGUGACAUAAACGUUCACACCAGGUCCUUUUGUAUUGAGUGCAGGCUAGACAAGUGUAUUACUAUGGGAAUGAAAAGGGAAUUCAUAAAAAUCCACAAAAAUUAUGACAGAAAACGACAGAAAGACUCACAAAAAGCUAACAAAAACAAAGUCUCGUAUAAUAAGACUCCGAGUGAUCACAAGUUGGGCUAUACUUCUGAUAUGAAUUCACCGGACAUUCACUACACGGACAUCACAUCACAUACCAAACACACCAAUGAUUACCGCAAACACAGCACAGACUCGCAAACCACAGACCCCUCGGAGCUCACGAGCGAUAGCCAUAGCUCGGAGGAACUGUCGCUUUCAGUCAUACCCGUCCACCGACCGCUUAUGGACUAUAGAAACCAAUUCAAUGAAUUAGAGGGCAAAAAGUUAUGGGAAUUACUGACAGCCACGCAAAUACUGAACGACCGAAAAACGCUGACUUACGAUACAAAUGACGAUAAAAUGAAUAAUUCUCAGGAAAUGGCGGGCAAUCGGUUUGAGUAUCGGUUCAUGAGUUACAUACAAAUGAGCAAAAGGUUGUCCGCUUUUAAUGAUUUGUGCGAAAACGAUAGGAUGGCACUCAUAAAGGGCGGCUGUUUUGACUUGACAACAAUAAGGAAGUGA